UUGCUAUUUCAGCAUUUCAUAAUCAUUAAAGUUUAAAUUAUCCCAUAAAACUAAAUAAUAUAAAUUAUGGAGCUAUCUGAGGGAGUUAAGGAUCGUUUGGGAGCUGUCGUCGGCGUGGUCCAGACAACAUUCCACUGGGGAUUCGUGCCAAUGGUGCUGUAUCUGGGUUUCUCCAAGGGAGCCGAGCCCGGCAUGCCACCAUUGUCCAUCCUGAGCCUGUUGUGGCAGUAGGAAAAAAUUAGCUGAGCACACACCCUAGACCGAGGCAUGCCGUGGAAAUUCCAAUACACCGGUGUGUGCCAUAAUUUUAGCACCAAUUGGAGUUCCUGGCAUUUCCGUUAUACAUAAAGUUAUCGCAAAUACAUUUUUGUUUGUAAAA